AACACAUACACGUUAGUGGAGCAUUUCUGGUUAUCGGUGUCUUGCUCAAGGACACCACAGCUGUGAGUCUGGGGGAUGUUGGCGGAUGGUCCAGUCGGGGUCUUGAACCUAGGUCCCCCACGGUGGCAGGUGAUGAUCUUAAUCAUUGGGCCACGGCUGCCCAAUGACUCUGAAUUGUCCAUAGGUGUGAAUGUAUAUUUAUCGAUAUUUGCCCUGCGAUUGGCUGGCGACCAGUGCAAGGACGUACCAUAUGUUUGGCUCAAAAUCAGCUGGGUUAGGCUCCAUCUCACCCGCGACCCUAAUAAGGUGAAGUGCUAUAGAAAAUGGUUGGAUCAUUUUCACACAUCUCUCCUCACCGCUUUCAUCUCUGGUGCUUAUUUCUUUCUUCCCCCCCCAAAAAAAAGUAAACAUCUGCAUACCCAUGGCAGAGCUCAGCCAAUAAUUUGCUCUAAAGGCAAAAAGGAUGAGCCACCUUGACUUUUGGCCUGGGCCGUCACGCAGUGCAUAGAAGGCCUCUAAACUCUCAAAGGAUGCUCCUUGUAUGCGUGAUCCACUCUUCCACUCUUGUUUUUUCGCGUUGUUUUCUGUCACUGUCAUUGCUUAUCACGUGCGCACACUCGCGCCCCGAGAGUACGCCCAGUCGAGGUUUUGUUGACAGCGGAUUGCCACUUUUGAGGCGGGCAUGAUACAAAUGCACCACUCACUGGCAUGCCAAAUUUGGGGGGGGGGGGCACUAAUUAUUCUGCCUCUAGAAGGAAAACGCCAUGGAGGGCUGCAGAAAAGCUCUUAUCCAUCCCUUUUUGUCUGUUUGUAUCUGAGUUUGUGUGCUUAUCGGUGAUUGUGUGUCUGAAUGUGUUUGUGAGGAUGUGUGUUUGUGUGUCCGUUUUUAUCGUGGUGUGUGUUGGAGUUUGUGUGUAUGGGUGUGUGUGCAUAUUUUUGUGCUUAUAUAUGUGUGUGGCUGUGUAUGUUUGCAUGUGUUAAUGUGUGUUCUUUUUGUGUGUAUAUGCAUUAAUGAUUAUUCUUGUUUCUUUCGUGUGUGUGCUUGUUUGCGUGUGUGUUGUGCAUGUGAUUGUGUUUGUUUGUGCAUUAUGUGUCUUUAGUUGUUUGUGGUUGUGUUUUUGUUUGCGCGUAGUGUGUGUGUGUGUUUGUUUUGUGUCUGUGUGUUUGUGCUGGAUUGUAUGUUUGUUUGUGAGUGGGUGUUUUAUUGUGCAUAUUUUGUAUGUCUUUGUGUUUGUGUGUGUGCAGAUGUCUGUUUUUAUGUGUCUGGGUGUGUAUUUGCUUACAUGUUUGUUUCUGCCUGUUUGUUAGUGUGUUUUGAAUGUGUCUCUUUGUGCGUGUGUGUUUGUUUGAUUAUGUACAUUUGCUUGUUUUUACUUGUGUGUUGUGUUUGGGUGUGUGUGUUGGUGCUUGUUUGUGUAUUUGCAUUUGUCUUUGGUUGUGUGUUUGAGUGUGUGUGUGUGUGUGUGGGUGUUUGUUUGUGCGCACGCAGCUAAUGGCUGCCAACAAAAAGGAUUUAUUUGGUGUGCCCCUGUUUGACUUUGAUGAUCACGCAUGUCUCGCGCGGCACUUACAGACAAAGAGAGCACACUAGAUAAUUGCACGCCUGUUGGUUGGAUCAAAAGUCACGAUCCAUACCUCUGGUUAUGUUUAUUAAUUAGCUAAUGCCUCCAUCGUCAUCAUCAUCAUUAAAAACUCUGGCUAAUCUGGCCUUUGUUCCGACAUGCUGACUUGCGGCAGAUGGUCCAGUGGAGGAAGGAGCGAGCCUGACUGUCCUGGUGCUCCUCAGUGGGCUUGUGCAGCUGCUCUGAUUUUUAUCUGAAUUAAUGAAGAGGAAUUUGACAUCUUGCGGAGGUUCUAAAGUGGUUUGAUGGGAUCGGCUGAGAUGGAAAUUACAUUUGGAUGCUGAGAGAUGUUUUGAUGGACUGAAAUAGCAAAGACCUGAGGACUGAAGUGUUCCUUUGCAUUCAUUUGUUCCUUUAGCAACACAUGUACAGUAAACCCCAGCAAGCCUGACACUAAUAGCAAAAAUCCUUGAGUAAUUAUCAGAUUUUAUUUUUUUUAUAACUGCCUCUAUCAAUAGUGUCAACACUAAACAUGGCCCAAACUAUGAGCCCAAAACACUCAAAAUUCAAUUUCAAACCCAAGGAUGCUGUUGUGUAGGCCACCACUUUGCAACUUGUAAAAAUACCAAUUGAUACUUCCCUAUUAUUAUAAUAUUUUUGACUCAUAAAUAAUGUUUCCGCGUCGUGCCGCAAAUGAUGAAAAUCGCCCACCCCCAUAAGUUUUCUAAUUAACUAUAGAUUGCAGAAGAUGGUGACAAAGUACUACUUUUCUAUUAGACAAGGCUAUGGCCUGACUAAAUGAAGCGCCUCCCCUCACUUCAACAUAGUUCCUUGCCACCAAGAUGGCAUCAAAGCAAGCCAUCAUGCUGCUGUCCGCUGCCAACGCUAGCUUCCCCUCCGCUAACACGAAACCUUCGAUGAAACCGAAACGAAAGAGCACAAAAGUAGUUUUUCACGGAUGAAUCGUUAGCUUCUCAUGUACAUUGUAUCUUGGGAUUGCUCUGAUAUGCUGGGAUGCGUUUCUUUCUUUGGUGCUUCGGCUCGGCAUUCACCUGAGUAAUUUCCAAGGCGUUGUUCCUUUCCCACGUUAAGAGACGCAUGGAUCGACUUCAGCCUUGCGUCAGCCAUCCAUUCACGCGGCGGAACGCUUCCUUUACCAUCAAGUCCCUUUUGAUUAUGGUUGCUCUUACCGACACAAUGCGGCUUCUCCUCUCACCACAGGUUAUUGGCCUCUGUGUGAGUACUGCCUGAUUGCUUUCACAAUGGUUUCCCCGUACCUGGAGCUCAAAAUAGAACCAUUCGAUGUCCUUCAGGUGUCAAGCAGACCAAAACUUAUUCCCAAGUUUCCACUUUAUUUCCUGGUUAUCUGAUAUUCUGUUGACACUCUCGAGAUCGGGGAGUCGGGCGCAGGAGGGCGAGGAGGAGAGAUGCCGUCAAGUCAUACCCGGUGGUCGCUACUGGUGUUGCCACAGCCGCCCUGGAGCAGUCUGACAGAAGCGUGGCUGCCAUUCUGCGGCUACGGCCCCUCCGACCGCCACCAAACAUCCGACCGCAUUCGUUUGUAGGCGAUGUGGGUGAAGGGUCUUUUGCCCAGGGACGCGACCGGCGCCGCCGCGGUUGCAGGGCAUAUUCUUAUCCUCUGUGCUACGCUGCCCUACAAACUAACUAUUGAGGAAAAAGCCAGAUGUUCCUAAUGUUAUGUCCAGUACCUAAUCGGUUAGUCUUUUCCCUGCCAAUAAAAUGACAUCACUUCACAUUCGCCCCAAUUGGACGUUUGGAAGGACUCUUAUUUAAAAUGUUGUCAAUGAAGCACCACGCAGGGGACUAUUUAUCCGAGGGAGGAGUCACCUGCCGACGCGUCACCGCCUUUCUGACCAAUCCCGGCGCGCCUCAUCUGCGUGCGCGCGUGCGUCUUUUGGACAUCCCUCCUUGCGUCUCCACACGCGCGGCUGCGAGAUUCGCCAGAAGGUGUCCAGCCUGCUCCUCCUGAUCCCUCCGAACUUGGACCGCGGCUCCCUGCCGAAUUUAACCCGGCUUGAUCUGUUUUGGAUUGUCGCUCCUGUCCUGUUUUGUGCGCAUUAGCCAAUGCUUUAAAGACGCCAUGAUUCACGGCGAGAGGGAUCAUCUUGCUCCCCCAGCAGACAACAGUGACACCGAAAGGCAUCCGGCUGAAAGGUGACCUCCAGACACUUCACCUCCCCAAAAUGUUUGAAUAUGCCAGGACAUAACAAUGACCUCCAACAGCACAGACUCUUCUGGUCUCUUCCUGAUUUCCAACACCUUCCCAGCAGCAGGAGCAGCAAUAGGAUUGUCCUCACAAUCCAAUUCUCUCCACCAAGCAGGGACAGGACCCUGGUUGGUUUUUCACGUGACUACCCCAGGUGCCAAUUCCUCUUCUGUGAAUUCCCUUUUCAACUCCACCCAAUCACCAGAUGGGAACUGGACAUCAGCCCCGGAUCCCUUGGGUGGGCACACCGUGUGGCAGGUGGUCCUCAUUGUCCUGCUGACAGGAACGCUCUCGCUGGUCACCAUCAUCGGGAACAUCCUGGUGGUGGUGUCCUUCAAGGUCAAUCGGCAGCUAAAGACGGUCAACAACUACUUCCUGCUGAGUCUGGCGGUUGCUGACCUCAUCAUUGGGGUCAUCUCCAUGAACCUUUACACAGCCUAUCUCGUAAUGGAUUACUGGGCCUUAGGGAACUGGGCCUGCGACCUGUGGCUGGCUAUUGACUAUGUCGCCAGCAACGCUUCAGUUAUGAACCUACUGGUCAUCAGCUUUGACCGCUACUUUUCAGUUACCAGGCCUCUGACUUACCGGGCCAAACGGACAACAAAGCGAGCCGGGAUCAUGAUCGGCCUGGCCUGGUUUGUUUCUCUGGUUCUAUGGGCCCCGGCCAUCCUUCUGUGGCAGUACUUUGAGGGUCAAAGGACAGUGCCUCCAAAUAAGUGCUACAUUCAGUUCCUCCAGCAGCCCACUAUAACCUUCUGCACAGCCAUGGCAGCUUUCUACCUACCGGUAACCAUCAUGAGUGUGCUCUACUGGCGGAUUUACAAGGAGACUGAGAACCGCUCAAAAGAGUUAGCGGGACUGCAGGGUUCAGGGGCUCGUGGCGGCGGUGGGAUAGCGGCAAGAAACAGCAAUGGUGAUAGAGCCCGUUUUGUGCGUCAAACUGGGAGUUCCAGAAGUUGCAACAGCUACGAGCUGACUAGGUUGUCCCAAAGAAAGAGCGUGUGUCGGGAGCUGGUCAGUCGCCUGCACUGCUGGCCAGGUGUACGAUCCUGGAGGCCCGGUAGUAUCCGGCAAGGAGAAAAGGAUCCGGACCAAAGCAGCAGUGAUAGCUGGAACAAUAAUGAUAAUGCGGUUUCGCUGGACCAGUCGGGCUCAUCAGAUGAUGAAGACUGCGGGGGAAGAGACAGCCACACUAUUUUCUCUAUCGUUCUCAGCCUGCCUGGUUUAAAGGCAGCUGUCAACUCUCAGCUCACUUCCUGCGAGGACCUGGAUGAAGCCUCAGAACAGGACCCACUGAGGGGAGCGGAAUAUAACAGAGAAGGCCUCGCCAUGGUCGCAACCAACACCAGCGCGGCUACCAGUCCCGAUGGGGCAAAUAAUACGGAAAACAGCUACCACCAACGCUUAUGUUCCCGUAAAAUCCAGUCCAUGUCGACCAUCAGGUCUUUCUCCAACUCUGGGUCUCUGGAUGAUACGACGGCCGCGGCCCCUGACUCUACCACCACCAGCACAGCCACCAAAUCCUCCACUGUCCCGAUGUCCUUCAAAGAGGCAGCUCUCGCCAAGAGUUUUGCGGCCCGAGCUCGGACUCAGAUCAGCAAGAGAAAGCGCAUGUCUUUAGUGAAAGAGAAGAAGGCCGCUCAGACUCUCAGCGCCAUUCUCUUUGCAUUCAUCAUCACAUGGACGCCAUACAACAUUAUGGUCCUGAUCAAUGCCUUCUGCAAAGCCUCCAUUCCGAACACCCUGUGGGCCGUGGGCUACUGGCUAUGCUACGUCAACAGCACCGUCAACCCCAUGUGCUACGCCCUGUGCAACAAGACAUUCCGUACAACCUUUAAGAUGAUACUGCUGUGUCGCUGGGACCAGAAAAAACGGAGGAAGCUGCAGUUCCAGCAAAGGCAGUCAGUGGUCUUCCACAGGAGGAUUCCCAGAGAGUCCACGUAAAGGACAAGAGAGUGGGUUGAUGAUGUAAUGAAAAAUAAAAACAUCCACAGUCUUCUUUCGGGAGUUAGUCUGAGGCACCAUAGCAAACAUUUGCGGUGGUUUCGAUGUAUGUCCCUGUGCCCAUGUGCAUGCAAGAAGGGCUGUGCAAGGUGGGAUCCAGAGACGCAAGACUAUCUUGCCUUGAAGAACUCUACCAUUUCAUGCAGGUUUAUAAUGAGAACCGAGCGGGAUUUGCUAGAAAAAGAGCUUUAAACAGAACACAACGUUUUGUUUUGGGUUGGAGUAUUUAAGUGCAAUUGAAGGGUAAAAGGACAGCUUUGUCACACGGUUAGGGCUUGACAGUUCUUAUCGUUUUCUCUUUGUCGGUAGCUAGAUUUGUAACGUACAAACUCGAGUGCUUUCGCCUUUGUAAACAAACCAAACUUUGCAUCUGUAAUUUAUCACCAAAAGCCAAGACUCUCUGUACAAUACUCUGUGUUGUGUUCACUGGGCCUUUUUGACCGGCAUGUUUUUCUUUUGUUAUUUUUUUGUAUCAGACCUUCUGUGUAUUGCCUUCCUACAUAGAUAUAACGUGUUAGAUGGGAUAUAAAAUAUUCUUUGUGUCCAACAGAGAGCUUUUAUUUUUGUGCUACUCAUCUUGAACUUUUGAGCCAGUCUUCAAAUGACUCUUCUUCUAUGAGUAUUCCAUGUGGCACCACAGUCAGUGAACUGCUGUUGUGUUCAAUGUGAUUGUUGUGGUUUUUAAAACAACGGAGACAACAAGUACAUCCGGUUGUGUUCAUUUACUUGACGUCAUUGUGAUGAUGAUAAUGGUUCUAUUGAUGUAUUUUUGCAGCUUUCCCACACAGAAAUACAUCGAUUUUCUUUGACAAGGCCUUGCUUGAACUUUCUACUGUAAUGCUUUUGUCAGAAUACAGUGCAGUUGUUUUUGCUUACCUGUGGAGCCAGGGCGGACUCUAGUGGUGUGUGGAGGACCCAAUGUGCUCGCUGCCAAUUUAGCUUUUCUGUCGUGUCGUAUCAUUCACAAUCCCAGUCGACCUUGAGAAAAGAAAGUUUAAUAAAACAAAGGGAACUUUUAUUCAGAUUUUUUUUUUGUUUCUGUUAAUGAUUAUAAUUUACCACCCCCACUGGAUGGUACCUUGUAUACUGUUUUAGUAAUAUUUUAUUUAUAAGUAAUUGAUUUGAAUCCACAUUAUCAGAAACUCGUGGAAUCUAUUGGUUUGACUCUGUAUAAAGUGUGGAAUAAUAAAUAAAUAAAUGGUCCAGGGACCACAAACAAUUACACACAAAUUCCAAACAUAAGUAGAUGCUUGGACCGGUUACCAGUCAAUGUCAGGGCACAUGCAUACUAACAACCAUUCACACCCAUAGAAGAUUUUGUCUCCAAUGAACCAAAUAUGCAUAUUUUUUACAUGUGGGAGGAAGCCUGACUACAUUGAGAAAGCUCACACAAAUACAGUGAGGACAUGCAAACUUCACACAGGAAGGCCAGAGCUGGGAUUCAAACCCCUUACCUCAGAGCUGUGAAGCAGAUGCGCUAACAAAUAUACCACUGUGCUGUCUUACAUACGUGUUUGAUCCAUUUUGUUUGGGUAAUUGAGGAAAGAAAAAUGUACAUUUGUUGGUAUAGUUCGCACAGUGUACUUGGGGUUAGCACGUCCGCCUCAAAGUUCUAAUGUUCUGGGUUUGAAUCUCGGCUCCAGCCUUCCUACGUGGAAUUUGUUCUCCUAGUGCCUGAGUGGGUUUUCUCUGGGUACCUCCCACAUUCCCAACACAGUAAUCUUAGGCUAUUUGAAGACUGAAUUGUCCUAUAGUAGUGACUGUGUGUUCGAAUGUUUGGUUUUGUCUUUACGUGCCCUGAGAUUGACUGGUGGCCAGUCAGGGGUGCAUCUCACCUCUUGUCACCUCAGUCAGCGAGAUUGGAAAUUAGAUGGACGUAUUUGUUGGUACAAACAGGGAAUGUGACGUCAUGAUUGACAGCUGCUAUUGUUUUAUCCAUCUUUAUGUACAGUGUAUGCUUGUCACAAUGAAUAUUGCAUAGAGGCAUUGACAGACAGCUGCCAUUCUACUUUUAUGUGCUGUGUACAAAAAAAAAAAAGUUGUUCUUUCAACACUCGGUAUUUGAUAUGCAUCCAACACAGACUUUUUACAUCAGUGCGGAACGUUUGUUCUCAAAUAUCGGGAAUGUAAACAUGGUGAUCGCAAAUGUCUUUUUGUUACGUUUCAAAUAUGCCAAUCAUACUCAUCUUUUAAGUCAAUAAACAGUCCAAAAUGA